AUGUUCAAAAACACGUUUCAAUCAGGCUUCUUGUCGAUACUGUACAGCAUAGGCAGCAAACCGCUGCAAAUAUGGGACAAAAAAGUUCGCAACGGCCACAUUAAGCGUAUAACCGACCAAGACAUCCAAUCGCUUGUUUUGGAGAUUAUUGGAACAAACGUUAGCACAACAUACAUCACAUGCCCGGCCGAUCCGAAAAAGACCCUCGGCAUCAAGCUACCGUUUCUGGUGAUGAUCAUCAAAAACUUGAAGAAAUACUUCACCUUCGAAGUGCAGGUCCUGGAUGACAAAAACGUGCGCCGGCGGUUUCGUGCCAGCAAUUACCAGUCGACGACUCGCGUGAAGCCGUUUAUCUGCACGAUGCCCAUGAGGCUAGACGAGGGCUGGAACCAGAUUCAGUUCAAUCUGUCGGAUUUCACACGGCGCGCCUACGGAACCAACUAUGUGGAAACGUUGCGCGUGCAAAUACACGCCAACUGCCGAAUACGGCGCGUGUACUUUUCCGAUCGCCUCUACUCCGAAGACGAACUGCCGGCAGAGUUCAAGCUGUUCCUGCCAAUACAGAAACCGCAGUCGAAGGCGAUUGCACAGCAGGCCUGCUAACUGUUCUAGGAAAACACAAACUCGUUGCUCGCCCCGGGCAGCGCAGAAGAACUGAGUCCGUGAAAUGGUGCGUCUGAUAUACCACGCUAUUAAUUGUGUUUUGAAACAUUUCUCAUUCUUUUGAAUCGGUUUUCGGCAGUUUCUCGGCAGGUGCAAGAACCGCACACGAUCAAAAGUGUCCUUAAAAUGUAGCUAAGCCAACGCAAAGCAGUGUAGCUCCUUUGGAUUUUCUCCUCUUUAUAGGUUGCAGUAAACUAAAAGCGAAUGAAAUGAGCUCAAAUUCAACAAAUUGUUUGAUUAACACGCUGGAUAAUAAAUAUUGCAAGCACCUAGUCUAAGAAUGUAUAUAAUUUUUACCAAAAACAAUACUUAAUAGUGCUAAGUCGCAUCUCAGUGUCAUACGGUCACGCACAGAAUUUUGAAGACGCGUGAGCGUCUGCAGUACGAUGAGAUCAAUAGGAUGAUUUUUUUAAGUGCGUGUGUUUAGUUUUCUUCCUCUGCAAAUACAUCGUGUGUAAAUCAUUUCUGUCACACCAGUUCCUGCGAGCUGGUCGUAGUUAUUAGAACUUAGCUUAUU